AAAUGUCAAAAGUUUGUAACCUCAAAGUUAUACGAAUGUUUAUAACCUUAAAAAGAAUGUCAACAUAAUUUGAAGGUAUUCAAAUUAAAAAAUAAAAAAUUUAAAAAUGGUUAUAAAGUGUACAGCAAACUGUGGAAAGAACGCCGCUCUUAAGCGUCCCAAAACUGGCGAUGCCUUGUGCAAAGAAUGUUUUUUCUGGGCAUUUGAAACGGAGAUACAUGAAACCAUUACAUCAGGUAAUUUAUUUUCACCUGGAAAUAAGGUAGCCAUCGGUGCAUCUGGAGGGAAAGAUUCUACAGUUCUGGCAUACGUUUUAAAAGUUUUAAACGAACGUUAUAAUUAUGGAAUCGAGUUAAUAUUAUUAUCAAUUGAUGAAGGUAUUACUGGAUAUCGUGACGAUAGUUUAGAUACAGUUAAACAGAAUAAAAUUGAUUAUAACAUGCCGUUAACGAUUUUAUCUUAUAAAGAACUGUAUGGCUGGACAAUGGACGAAAUUGUUGCUCAAAUAGGUAGAAAAAAUAAUUGUACGUUUUGUGGAGUAUUUCGACGACAAGCGUUAGAUCGGGGGGCGGCUCAACUUAAAGUUGAUUGCAUUGCGACGGGACAUAAUGCAGAUGAUAUUGCUGAAACAGUUUUAAUGAAUGUUCUUCGAGGGGACUUAGCAAGAUUACGAAGAUGUACUGCAGUCAUAACAUCAGGCGAAGGUACAAUACCACGAGUAAAGCCACUUAAGUAUACAUAUGAGAAAGAAAUUGUUAUGUAUGCACAUUUUCGAAAAUUAGUAUAUUUUUCAACAGAAUGUGUUUUUGCCCCAAACGCGUAUCGUGGACAUGCUCGAACAUUAUUAAAAGAUUUGGAAAAAGUACGACCAUCAGUUAUUAUGGAUAUUAUUCAUUCAGGUGAAACUUUACAAAUAAGCAAAACAGCAAAGAUGCCCCAAGUUGGUGUUUGUAAAAGUUGUAAUUUUGUCUCAUCACAAGAAAUAUGUAAGGCAUGCUUUUUGCUUCAAGGUUUAAAUCGAGGUUUACCAAAGUUAGGUAUUGGUAAGACAAGUAAAUCUAAAAAAAUGUUAGCUGAACAAGAGGCAAAAGAUAAAUUAUUGCUGAACGAUUCAGAUAAAAGUUGUAAUAAUUGUACAUGUAAUAAAUCUAACAAAGAAAUUAACAAAUCAAAUAUAUCUGAUCAGAAUUCAUUAAAAUCUCUAUCGAUUCUUAAAGAUGUUGACCUAUUUUAA